CAAACAGGAAGUGUGGCUGUUUGUUUCUGAACUGCGGCCAGGCGCCAUGGCGGCCUACGAGCAGGUCCAGAAGGGGCCCUUGAAGCUGAAAGGCGUCGCAGAGCUCGGCGUGACCAAGAGGAAGAAGAAGAAGAAGGACAAAGACAAGGCAAAACUCCUGGAAGCCAUGGGAACGAGCAAAAAGAACGAGGAGGAGAAGAGGCGCGGCCUGGACAAGCGGACCCCGGCCCAGGCGGCCUUCGAGAAGAUGCAGGAGAAGCGGCAAAUGGAAAGGAUCCUGAAAAAAGCCUCCAGAACCCACAAGCAAAGAGUGGAGGACUUCAACAGACAUCUGGAUACACUCACAGAGCACUAUGACAUUCCCAAAGUCAGCUGGACGAAAUAGCCUCCCCGCCCAGAGUAUGGAGUGGCACCGAGGGGAAACAAAAGGCCAAGUUGGGGUUAUGUUUGGUGCCUUUGGUAUUUUCUAGAAACAUUCUUUUAUACACAGCCUGCAUCUUCUGCUGAAACUUUGCUUUUCAAAGCAGUGUGCUCUCAUUCUGGAACUUGAUUAAAGUAAGAUUAACUUUUUACUUUAUUUCAGUUUCUCAGUAGCACACUGAAGAUGAACCUUUUUAGUUUGGACUGGAAAUUAUUGAGAGUUUAUCCAGAGAUUAAGGUUAUUUCUGUGUAAGUGCUGUGGAAGUGUUUUUAUACCCAAGCUGCAUCUAACUCAUUUUGACAGCCAGCCAGCUAUUUUUGCCUGGAUGAAACUGACUCCAAAGGAGAAGAAGCUGCAACAUGCAGACCCCAUGGGGCCCUACAUGGGCUGCCCUUCCAAGCUCCCUCUAGCUUGGGGCCUAUGCUAUUCCAUCCAGAGCUUGGGGGAGCCACUUGCAGCUUUGUAGCUGUCUCAGCCAUCUGGCCAGGGAGAAUAACCACCCAAGACAAGGAUGGAAUGAACACCUUUCUCCUUUCUGAGCUGAGCUGGUGGCUGGCAUGCAGCCUGUUUGCCCAGUCUCCCCAUUCCAGGCAUGUCAAGUGGGUGUUGCCAGGCAGACAUUGCCAGUCAAGCACCACAUUCUUUGUAAUGGAACCCAGACACUGCCUGCCUCACUGCCCUCACCCCUGGGCUCCAGGCAUCCUCCAGUGUUUAUUCAGAGUUGGCACAUACAUGGAACCUGUUUGGCAUUCCUGGCCUAAGGACACCUCAGGGUAAUGGGACCAGGGCAGAGCCCCAGCACAGAGAAACAUGGGUGCAGUCUAAGGGGGAGGACCCAGGUUCCAGUGCUGCACAGCCUUGGUCUUUGAGGGCCUGUGUGUCCCCAGCACAUGAGGAUCAGACUGUAUAUGCUACUGGGAAAAACAAUCUCUGUUGACAUAGAUCUGAAAAAACAAAUUGAGAAGAGAAAAAUCUAAAUGGGUUUGGGGCUGUCAUGUGUGAACUACAGAAUAAAGCC